AUAUAUUUUUUUUGGUUUUUUAAUUGAAUUGAAUUCAACAUGAAUUUUUUCGGCCGUCUUGUUUGCGCUUUGCCCCGGCCAGCGAUGCUCAGAACUGUUUCUACCCUAACUGGGUCUUUGGGAUAUAAAUUUCUACCCCGGGUUACAUUUAAUACCAUCCAACGGGUUUCAUAUGCUAAGAAAUGUGGUAAGGACAAAGAUGCAGACUUAAAGAAAAAGUGCGCAGAGGCAGCCUUGAAGAAGAAGUGUGCAGAAGCUGCCAAAAAAGAGAAAGCGGCUGCAGAAAAGAAAAAGUGUGAGGCUUUAGCUAAAAAGGAGAAAGAAGCCGCCGAAAAGAAGAAGUGUGCAGCCUUAGCCAAGAAGCAGAAAGAAGCUGCUGAAAAGAAGAAAUGUGCAAAAUUAGCUAAGAAGGGAAAGAAAGGAAAGAAGGGAAAGAACGGAAAGGGUAAGAAGGGAAAAAAUGGAAAGAAGGGAAAGAAGGGAAAGAAAGAUGAGCUGAAAAAGAAGUGUGCUAAGCUGGCCAAAAAGAAGCAGGAAGAAGCUCUGAAGAAAAAGUGUGCAAAGGCAGCUAAAGCUAAAAAGUGUGCUAAGGACGAAGAGGAGUAAAGCAAUAGCAACGCGACAGACGCUGAGAACAGAUUCAAGUACAAGCAACAGGCAGAGAGAAGACUUCAUUUCAAUCUAAACGAGCAAGGGCCAAAAAUCACAUGCUGAGGCCGCUAUUCAACGAGCAGCUUAAAAACAAAGAUGAGGCUACUGCGGAGUGACGGGUUGAACUGAAGGCUCGCAUCUAAGAAUUAUGUAGAAUGUGUAGGCUUUGCAUGAUAUUUUCGAGUACAAGGUUUAGAAAUGUACAGAUAGUUCAGAUGCAG